UUCUUCUGUAAAAAAUAAAAAAUAAAAACUGGUAUUUUGUUUUGAUUUUCUAUAAUUUUAGUUGGUUCCACUGUAGUUCAAGUUAAGGUCAUUUGUGGACACUUUGCUCAGGAUUACAAAGUUAAUUACAGUUUUUAUCAACUCAAAUUCACAUUCCUUUGUGAAUUUAUUUGGUGGUGGUGUUAUGGUUAUGUUGUCUUUUGUAUUCAUCAUGUUCAUACCUUCCUUUGCUCUAUGAUUGAAUUAAUUUAAUUGAUAAGUACUUGUUCAAGGGCUUGCAGGCUUUGGAUUCAUUUUCUUUCUUUUCAACAGAGUAAUUUAGUUUGUUGUGGGCUUGGUAUUUGAGGAUGGGUGAUCACUUUGUAUUGCUGGUUGAUCGUUUGCUUACUGAAUCGACUUUGGAAGCUGCAAUCGAGCACAGUAAUCUGUCAAAGCAAUUGACAGCGUUAGCAACUGAUGACAUCAAAAUUGAUUGCCCUUCACAUGUCUCCGUUUUGAGAAAUUGUUCGUCUUCAGGGAAGAUAGUGGAAUGCAGGAUAUGCCAGGAUGAGGAUGAAGAUUCAAAUAUGGAGACACCUUGCUCUUGCUGUGGCAGCUUGAAGUAUGUUCAUCGCAGAUGCAUACAAAGAUGGUGUAACAAGAAAGGUGACAGUGUGUGUGAGAUAUGUCACCAGCCAUUCAAACCAGGCUGUACAGCACCUCCUCCUAUGUUUCAACUUGGGAGUAUUCCAAUGAACUUUAGAGGAAAUUGGGAGAUCUCCAGAAGGGACCCGAAUAACCCUUGCUUUAUAGCUAUGGUGACAAUUGAGCCUAAUUUUGUUGAUCCAGACUAUGAUGAGUAUGCUGCUUUUGAAUCAAGAAGUCUGUUUUGCUGUCAUUCUGUUGCUGCAAUUUUGUUGCUUUUGCGAACUACUGGAAUUAUUGUGCCAAUAAACAUUAUGGUGACGGCAGUGAAUGCCAUCAAAUGUUGCCAACGCCAACGGAUUAAUUCUGUGGCUACAAUUCCACAAUUCACGCAUCAAUCAUUGAACGAUAAUACUACAGCUGACAAAAGUGACUAUCUUUGGUAUUCACUAAGGCAUUAA